AGUUAGUGUGAUUUCGGACACUGUGAGAGAUGGUACACAAGCACUCAUACGUAGCGUGCAGAGAAGCAGAGCAAUAAUAAACGAUUAGAACCACUUAUCAUAGUUCAAUAAGAGCUGGCAGUAUAGAAGAGAUGGAAAAGACACAGAAACGGUACUGUGUCAUUGGUGCCGGUGCUGCCGGAAUUUGCGCAGCCAAGUAUGCCCUUGAAGCCGGCGGAGAGGUGGUAAUUUUCGAGCAGACCGAUCAAAUUGGUGGAACCUGGUCGUACACCGAUGACGUGGGGAAGGACCACCAUGGGCUGGACAUUCACAGUAGCAUGUACGAUAGCUUAUGGACCAAUCUACCCAAGGAAAUAAUGGGCUAUGCGGACUACGAUAUGCCGGAACAGCGGAGGUCCUACAUUCACUGGAGUGAAGUAUUGGCGUUUUUGAAAGAUUACGCCUCGCAUUUCCAAGUGGAUAAGCACACGAAAUUUCAUCACUUGGUUGAAGAGGUUCGGCCUUACGGGGAUGCACAGUGGCAAGUACGAGUCAAAGAUCUGAACCAAAAUGCAAGCGACACAAUGAUCUUUGAUUAUGUUAUAGUGUGUAAUGGUCACUACUUUGAUCCAGUAGUUCCCGACUACGAAGGAAAGGAUCGAUUUGAAGGAAUUCAGUUGCAUAGUCAUCAAUAUAGGAAACCUCAUGUACUGCAGGACAAAAAUGUUCUAAUAAUUGGGGCCGGUCCAAGUGGGAGGGAUUUAGUUUUCGCUGCAGCGAACUGCGCAAAGAAAGUUUAUUUCAGUCAUCAUGUUCCGCACAAAUUGAAAGAUGCAACAUUUCCUGAGAAUGUGGUUCAGGUUCCGGAUGUGGCUCGUUUACUUGAAACUGAGGCAGAAUUCGUCGAUGGUUCAAAACAAUCCGUAGAUUUAAUUUUAUACUGCACGGGCUACCAUUUCAACUUUCCAUUUUUGCAUGAAGACUGUGGAAUCGAUUUGGACGAUGACUGGGUCAAACCAUUGUACAAGCAUAUUUUGAAUAUCAACUACCCGACGAUGGCCUUCAUAGGACUACCAUUCUUGGUGUGCACUACACUGAUGUUCGAUUUGCAAUCUCGAUUCGCCAUAAAAUACUAUUCCGGAGAAAAGCCUCUUCCUCCGAGGGAGAAAAUGAUGGACGAUUACGAAACCGAAAUGAACGGCCGCUGGGAGCGGGGUUUGAAGAAACGACAAGCGCACAUGAUGGGUGGAGAAGUUCAACGGGCCUACUACAACGAUGUGGCCCAAACGGCUGACAUCGAGCCCAUUCCACCGGUGAUGAUAGACAUGCAUAUAGCGAGCCAUCGAAGGAAGAACGAAGACCUGAGUGGUUACCGGAAUGAUGUGUUCCGGGUACUUGAUGGGAAAAACUUCGAAAUAGAAUAUGUGGCGGAGUUGGCGAAUCGUGAAAUAAAGUGAUAUUUGUAUUGCUCAACGAAGUGCACGCGGUGCUAUCUACAUUCUAAUCUACAUGUAUACACAUUUUUAAAUAAACAGAUAUCUUUGGAAUACGAAAUU